AUGCAAAAUAUUGAAAUUACAAUGACACAUUGUCUUCUGUCUGUUGUCUGUUUUUUAUGUGUUGCAACAACCUUAAUCCAAGGAUCAACUGAAAAUGAAAGGAAGAUAUAUAUUGUAUACAUGGGAGAAGUAUCGCAUGAUGCAGACAGGAUUUCAACCAUGAAGGAACAUGAUAAUAUGCUCCUGAAGGCGAUUGGAGAUGAGAAGACAGCCAGAGAAUCCAAAAUAUAUAGCUAUGGAAAGAGCAUCAAUGGAUUUGCUGCUAGGCUUUUGCCAGAUGAAGCAAAAAGACUAUCUGAUGAAGAUGGAGUUGUAUCAGUGUUUGAGAACACUAGACGAAAACUUCAUACAACAAGAUCGUGGGAUUUUCUGGGAAUGCCUCUUAGUAUAAAGAGAAGGAAUGUCAAUGUUGAAAGUGACAUCAUAGUUGGUUUAAUGGACACUGGGAUUUGGCCUGGAUGUCCCAGUUUUGAUGAUUCAGGCUAUGGUCCUCCACCAGCUAAAUGGAAGGGUAAAUGUGAUAAAGGAGCCAAUUUCACUGGUUGCAACAACAAGAUCAUUGGUGCAAGAUACUAUCAGCUAGACAACACUCCUCCUGACAUGGAUGAUCCGACACCGGUUGACACCGAGGGUCACGGCACCCACACUGCCUCCACUGUUGCCGGUAUAGCUGUGAAGGAUUCCAGCCUUUACGGUUUAGCCAAAGGAACGGCUCGUGGUGGCGUGCCGUCAGCUCGUAUAGCCAUGUACAAGAUCUGCUGGAGUGACGGAUGCAGUGACAUCGAUUUACUAGCAGCAAUGGACGAUGCCAUCGACGAUGGAGUGGAUUUAUUAUCCCUUUCAUUAGGUGGUGAUUCCAGGGAGUUUUUCCAUGAUACAAUCGCUAUAGGAGCUUUCCAUGCAAUGAGGAAAGGGAUUUUGACAUCUUGUUCUGGUGGAAACGAAGGGCCUGAGAUCUUAACGAUUGAAAACGUUGCACCAUGGAUCUUCACCGUUGCAGCUAGCAGCAUUGACAGGAAAUUCAGCUCGAUUAUUAAACUUGGCGAUGGCACGAUAACAUCUGGCAAUGGAAUCAACACAUUCACGAUGAAAAACAAAAUGUAUCCUUUAACAAACGGAGCACAUGCAACCAAUGUUACUUAUACAAAUGAAACCUACUACGGAAAUAUCAGUGCUUGUGAUUCUGGAACUCUGAGCGAAAACUUGGUGAAGGGAAAGAUUGUGUAUUGCUUGGGGUAUACCACUCAGGACGAUACCAUCCGCCAGCUUGGAGGGGCAGGAACGAUAAUGGCGAUCGAUGCGCCAACGGACUAUUAUAUCCUCACUUUGACACCGGCAACAAUGGUGGUUCGGAGCAAGGUCGGCAAUAAGCUUGAUCGGUAUAUCAACUCCACAACGAACCCUCGAGCUGUCAUAUAUAAGUCGACAACUGAUCGAAUGGUUGCUCCAUCUGUGGCUUCAUUCUCUUCCAGAGGACCUGCACCUCAAUGGUUGAGCCGCAACAUUCUCAAGCCUGAUAUUGCUGCUCCGGGGCUGAACAUAUUGGCAGGAUACACAAAACUGAGAUCAAUAACUGGAACACCAAGUGACCCACGGUACUCUUCAUUUAACUUAAUGUCAGGGACAUCAAUGGCUUGCCCUCAUGUUACAGCUGCUGCUGCAUAUGUCAAGUCUUUCCACCCAGACUGGUCGCCGGCAGCCAUUAAAUCUGCUCUCAUGACUACUGCAACUCCCAUGAAGAUCAAAGACAAGCAUGGGGAACUAAGCACUGGGUCAGGCCAGAUAAAUCCAUCAAAGGCGAUAAGCCCUGGGCUCAUCUACGACAUUAAAGAGAGUUCUUACAUUGGCUUCCUUUGCAAACAAGGGUACAACGCUACGACCAUUAGCUUACUCGUCGGUGGGAAGAGAAAAUAUGACUGCUCCAGCUUUAAACCGGCGCCUGGAGUUGAUGCGCUCAACUAUCCUUCAAUGCAUGUCUUUCUCAAUGGUACAGAAUCUAGAAUUUCAGCUGUGUUUCAUAGAAUCGUGACAAAUGUUGAACCUGGGAAUUUGGAAUACAAAGCCGAAGUGGCUUCCACCAAGGAUCUUUCUGUUGAUGUUAUCCCCAAAACGUUGAAAUUCAGUAGGAUGAAUCAAAGGGGAGCUUUCAAGGUUUUGGUGAAGGGUGAAACAAGGAAGCAUAGGACAGAGAAUCUAUCGGCUACUCUUGAAUGGAUCAGUGAUAAAGGCCACAGUGUUAAGAGCCCUAUUCUUGUAUUUAAGCCAAUUUUUUGAUUUUGGCAUUGUGUAAUGUUAAUAA